UAUGCUGUAAAGAUGGAAAUUUUUAGCUAGCAAUAUUGUAGUAAAAACCUGUCAUUCUUUUAUUCCGUUCACCAUGGAGGGGAUACACCUCCAUUAAUGUGCUUGAGAUCAAAUGUAAAGAUACACAGAAACUUGUGCUAAGUAUGUAGCUGCUGAAUUUUGAUGAAUUCUUCCACAGCCCGUUUCCAAAUAGGAUUCAGUAAGUUAAAUUGAUGCUGAGAUGAAUCGCCACCUGUGUAUUUGGCUUUUUAGGCACCCACCCCUGAAUGCCUAUCCCCGGUGUCACAUCUACCUCCAUUCUCAUCAGUUUAAACAGCUGCAUCUUAAAACAAGACUGUGGCUUCUUGGACAAAAUAGGAAUCACAUUCUCCAUUGUUUUUUAAAUAACAAUUGGUCCAGGAGAUGCUGUCAUCAGGAUACCAGGAUGAUCUGGAAGCAUAAGGCGUUUCAGAAAUACAUGGAAGACCUAAGUAAAGAAUACCAGACACUUGGUCGGUGUCUGCAGGACGUCCCUGUGAAUGAAGCAGACCGAAAGUGCAUGACCCGAAGGCAUGCUGAGUUGUCACCACUUGCAGCCAUUUAUCAAGAAAUUCAGGAUGCUGAACAAGCAAUCAAAGAAUUAGAGUCAAUGUGCAAAAGUCUAAAUGAACAAGAUGAAAAACAGUUACAAGAACUUGCAUUAGAAGAAAGGCACAACAUUUAUCAAAAAAUCAACACGCUGUACAGUGAGCUUUUUCAGAGUCUGUUGCCAAAGGAAAAAUAUGACAAAAAUGAUGUUAUUUUAGAGGUGACAUCUGGAAGAACUACUGGAGGUGAUAUCUGCCAGCAGUUUACCCGAGAGAUAUUUGACAUGUACCAAAAUUAUUCCUGCUAUAAGCACUGGAAAUUUGAACUUCUGAAUUAUACACCAGCAGAUUAUGGUGGACUGCAUCAUGCAGCUGCCCGAAUUUCCGGUGAGAAUGUCUAUAAGCAUUUGAAGUAUGAAGGUGGGAUUCACCGAGUUCAGCGGAUCCCUGAAGUGGGCCUGUCAUCAAGAAUGCAGCGGAUUCACACUGGAACUAUGUCAGUCAUUGUCCUUCCUCAGCCAGAUGAGCUCAGACCUGGAGUCAGCCAGUCUCGACCAUGUCUCUCAGCCUGGAGUCAGUUGGAUAUACCCAGAAAUGAGGAUUUGAGUACUAGAGACAUGCUCAUUGUUACUAAGGUAGAUGUAAAAGUGGACCCCAGGGAUUUGCGCAUAGAUACAUUUCGAGCCAAAGGAGCAGGAGGGCAGCAUGUGAAUACCACAGACAGUGCUGUUCGGCUUGUCCAUAUCCCCACAGGGUUAGUAGUAGAAUGCCAACAAGAACGAUCACAGUUGAAAAAUAAAGAAAUAGCUCUGCGUGUGUUAAGAGCCAGACUCUACCAGCAGAUUAUUGAGAGAGACAAGUGUCAGCAACAAAGUGCUAGAAAACUUCAGGUGGGAACCAGAGCCCAGUCAGAGAGAAUUCGGACGUAUAAUUUCACCCAGGAUAGAGUCACUGACCACAGGAUAGCAUAUGAAGUCCGUGGCAUUAAGGAAUUUUUAUGUGGCGAGAAGUACCUGGAUCAGCUAAUUCAGAGACUGCUUCAAUCAGCUGAUGAAGAAGCCAUUGUUGAACUUCUGGAUGAAAACCUUAAAUCAGCAAAAUAAAUCACCUGAUUUAUUAUUUAUUAUUAUAUAAAUGGAAUGGGCCUAUAAAGAAACAAAUCAAGACAUUGAAAUAUUUAUGAAUUUUCAUAAAUAAUGCUAUAAAUAUAUAUAUAUAUUUAAAUGAAUCAAAGUCACAUUUCUCGACUUGAGGUUUUAUUUUCUGAUUUAAUAAACAAUGCAGGGGCUGGGGAUUUAGCUCAGCGGCAUAAGCACCUGCCUUGCAAGCAGGCGGUCGUGAGUUCGAUCCCCGGUACCGAUAAAAAUGAAAAAGCCAAAAAAAAUAAAAAAUAAAAAAAUAAACAAUGCAAAUUUUUUGUUAUUUGAAACUCAGGCUAAUUUCAAGCUUAACAUCCUCCUGUCUCAACCUCUUGAGUGCUGGGGAUACACUACUACUUAUAAAUUAAACAUUUUUCAUUUACUAUUUCAGGAAAAUGUAAAUUUUAAGAUAUAAAAUUUAAACGGUUUAUAAAUUCCUCACUUAAGAGCAGAGACAGUACAGUGGUCCCUCAGUGCACAAACUUAAUUUAUCCAACGAUUCUGGAAAAGAUGGCCAAUUCGGUAGCCAGGCCUGUGUUCCUCACCUAAUGCAGAGUUCACAAACAGAAGCAAAAUUUUGCCAAAUGCUUUUGUUUAUGAACAAAAUACUUUGCAAACAAAAGCAUCUUUGAACUGAGGUACCACUGUAUAGGUACUAUUGAUCAUGUCAAAGUUAAGACUUACUUUUUAAUAAAAAAUAAAUUGUCAGAGAAUGAGAAGGCUUAGAAGUAUAACUAUCUCUUGCAACUCAAGCAUCUUUCUCAAGGACCUGAGUCAUUCCUUUCAAAAGUAAGAAUGAAUACAGUCCUCUGUCUCUCAGUGUCUGUGGGCAGAUGGAAUCCUCAGUUAGGUCACAGCCAGCAGCAGACACAGCUGAUCUCAUCACGUUUACUCUGACCAGCCGUUUGUAUGACUUCACUGACUUUGCUGAACUCCUCUUUCCUCUCCCUCUGUUCCCUUUAAAAUGCCAGUUUUCCUUAGGAAAAAUCCCAGUGGAGCUCAUCUUUCCUCUCUUACUAGUAGUUGUAUUUUAUCUUUCUAGUCAGCUAUGUUUAUCUUGACAGUCUGGUCACUAACAUGGUAGAGGUGCAUGUUUUUCUUAUAAUCAGCAUAUAUCUGUGUGAUAACACUCUGACAUCAUGUAAACAUUGAUUCCUUACAGUGGUAGGCAACUACUGAGAUGGCCCCAGAGACCCUUAUUGGCAUUCAAGAUCCUGUGUGAUCUCCCUUUAAGUGUAGAUUAGAUGGAUUGACUCUCUUCUAACAAGCAGAAUAUAUUAGAGGUGGUCAAAUUGUGACUUCUCACACUGAGUUAUAGAGAUUAUCUCUUCUGCAGAAGAGUCAAAAGUUGGGUAUGGUGGCACAUACCUAUAAUCCCAACACUCAGAAGGCUGAGGCAGGAGGAUCACUGCAAAUUCCAGGCCAGCCUGAAUUACAUAGCAACACCCUGUCUCAACAAAACAAAAGUGAAAAGAAUGAGUCUUAAGAGGAAAAAGACAAAAUGUUCAGCAAAAACAAGGGAUACCCUCAGUGUCCAUUUGCUCUGCCAUGGACACACUGGUCUUAGUUACACUUCCCUUGCCUCUUUGCUCUUCUUUAUCUUUGUUUUUCCUUAAGGCACAUAAUUUAUUUGGAGGAAAAGGAAUCAAAACAAAUUGUGGAGCUGUGAUCUUACAAAAAUCUCAGAUUGUAUAUUUCCUUAAACCUCUGUAUACAUACAGAUCAUUUGUUGUAAUGCUGAUUUUGGUCCAGUGGCUCAGGAAACUGAUUCUGUGUUUUUAACAAGCUCCCUGCUUAUGGCAGACUGCUGAAAUAUAGACAGUGCUUGAAAUGGCAAAGAUCUAGGACACCUGCUAUUCAAUUAGUGAGUACUUUCAUUGUUCUAUACUUUAUUUUUUGUACAGUGAGACUCAUUUUAAUUCGUAAUCCUACAUUCAGGUGGUAGACCUGUUAGUUUGCCAGGGCACAAAGAUAAACUGACAUUUUUUGAACUGUCUGAUAGAAGACUGUUAGGAAAUAAACAGAAAUGAAGGCUAUCUUAGAAUUUUUAUAAAAAACCUGGAAAGGAAGUUUAUUGCCUCAUGCACAUUCUCAUACAUAUAGAAUAUCAACGAAUACAACUUUUAUUUCAAACCUGUAUAGAUAUAUCCUAAAACUGAAGCUGAAAUUGAGUCAAGUGAAGUAGAGUCAACCAAACUACUACUGUCAGACAAAAAUUAUUUUGGAAGCUGAGCAGAGUGGCUCACACAUGUGUGGAAGCUGAAGUAGGACGCUUACUGUGAGUUCAAGGUCAACUGGUUUAUGAAAUGAGUUUAAGGCCAGUCUGAACCAUAUAGUGAGACUCUGUCUCAAAAAAGAAAAAAAAAAAAGUUUUAGAAAGGCCCUGAUUCUCACGUUGCAGCUAGGUGGGUAGAGUCAAUACUGAUUAGGGUCGCUUGCUUUGGGCUACAGGAUACAGAGUUUCUGGGAUGCUAUUAGCAUUCUAUUUCUUGAUCUGAGUGGAAGCUAUACAAGUGUAUUUAUUUUGUGAGAAUUUGUUGUAUUUCCAAUGAUUUGUUCCCAUGUAUAUACUGUACCUCAAAGGUUUUUAAUAAUAAAACGCAAUUUAAAUAGUGCAUGUCAA